UUGACUUGAUGCAGACGUCGGGAGCUAAACAAAUAUGGCUAUGCUAUAUUAUCAGAACAAACACCCUUAUAAGACGUAGAAAAUUUAAAUACAGAACUAUGCGACGGUUAAUAAGGAAAGCCCGAACUAUGUGGCCAUAGGUGGGGAGCUGAUGCUUAAAUUGUGCAGCAUUGUGUGACUUUGUGACCGUGUUUACAACGAGCUAACUCUCGUUAGCUAAAGUAAGCUAACAAAAUGGACAUCGGAGCAAUGUUGUACAAUAAUUUAAAAGAUGUUACGUGGAGUAAAACUUCCUUGCUAUUAGAUCAACUUGUGAGCGCUUACAGGUUGCCUCAAAUCGUAAGGUUGGAUAACGGCCAGUUGGUCGAAGGGCUCCGAGACAAUGACUACCUCUUGGUUCAUUCUUGUCGUCAGUGGACAACGAUUACCGCUCACAGUCUGGAGGAGGGGCACUACGUCAUUGGUCCAAAAAUAGAGAUUCCAGUUCACUAUGAAGGCCAGUUUAAAUUACUGGAGCAGGACAGAGAUGUCAAGGAGCCCGUGCAGUACUUUAACAGCGUGGAGGAGGUGGCCAAGGCAUUUCCUGAAAGAGUCUACGUCAUGGAAGAUAUAACGUUUAAUGUUAAGAUGGCUACAGGGGAAUGUAAUGAAGACACAGAAGUUUACAACAUUACACUAAGCACAGGUGACGAACUGACAUUAAUGGGACAAGCUGAGAUCCUCUAUGCAAAGACCUUUAAAGAGAAAUCAAGAUUAAACACUAUUUUUAAGAAGAUUGGGAAGCUGAAUUCCAUUAGUAAAAUUGGUCGGGGCAAAAUGCCUUGCUUGAUUUGCAUGAACCAUCGUACCAAUGAGAGCAUCAGCCUGCCAUUCCAGUGCAAGGGCAGGUUCAGCACCUGCAGUCCACUGGAGCUUCAGAUGCAGGACGGCGAACACACCAUCAGGAACAUUGUGGAAAAAACCCGUCUUCCAGUCAAUGUCAUAGUGCCCAGUAGCCCACCCCGUAAUCAGCAUGACCUCCACCUUAUUCGUGAGGGUCAUCGCUACAAAUUGGUCAACAUUCAGACCAAGACGGUGGUUGUGUGCUGCAUUCUGAGAAGCAACAAAAUCAUCCCAAUCCAUUUUCCUUUCCACAUGGCCAUGCCUCGAUUUAUUGUUCCUGAGGAGUUGCUACAAGGAGAAUUGUGGCUUGACACAAUGGUGCACCGCUGGUUCUCCUUCUGUCAGGAGCAGUUUGACAUAGACGACUAUUCCCGUGCUGUCCGGGAUGUACGGACAGACUGGAACGAUGAUGGUAAGAGUCCUAAGAAAAGCAGUGGGAAUGGGAGUUGUAAUGCUGGAAGCAGCAGCACAAAUGGAUGUCUCACACAUGUGCAGAUUCCGAGCUCUUUAUCUUACGCCCGGGAUGAACUCACCCAGUCCUUCCACCGACUGUCUGUGUGUGUGUAUGGCAGCAACCUGCACAGCAACAGUGAGGUCAAUCUGCAGGGCUGCAUGGCCCUUUAUGGAGAUUGGGCUGUCCUGCCGUCAGAUAGCAUUCCAUCAGACUCUGGAGAAAAUGAACACUUUUUGCCUGAGCUGUUGGACAGCUCAAACCAUCAACCAUCACUCAUUAGGUCGGACGUUCCCUACGAGGAGCUUUGGUUGGAUCACUUGAGAGGUCAGAUCCCCAAAUCUUUCAGCGAGGGAAUCCGAGGCAUCAACAAUGGUGGCAGUACAAAAGCGGCUCUGUCAUACCAAGUGUCUUGUCCUCUGAGUCCAAUACAGAGUUCAGAUAUCUCUCUGACGCCACCACCUGUUCCACCCAAGUCUGAGGCUGUGAAAGAAGAAUGUCGUCUUUUGAAUGCCCCACCAAUUCCCCCUCGAAGUCUGAAACAGGUGCCAGCAGUACCUCUCACAUCUAAGCCAAGGCAACAAGACACUCGGUCUCCAAGUCCAACCCUCUCAUAUUAUUCUUCAGGACUCCACAAUAUUGGAACAUGUGAGAACGAAGCCCUCGAGCCACAAGAACCAAGCCCUGUGUGUUAUCCUUGUAACUGGAGUCAAGCCAACGCUAGUGAGCCAAAUCCUGCUGGAGGACUGUCAUCCAGACUGUCUUGGCCAAAUAACUUCAGUGGAGGAGAAUCAAACUGCAUGGAAGAAUUUCUGCCAGCUAGCUGUAGAAGUUACUACAGUUAUCCACGAAAGAGGUCCCCGAGCACCGCAAAAGCCUGUACAUCUAGCCUCGUGGACUUUGAGGGCCUAGAACAUACGGCCGGCAAUACUGACUUCAGAAUCCAGAAGGCAUCAUCAAAUCAGGUCUGCACAAAAUCAUCAAGUUACAACUCAGAAAUGUACAGAGACAAAUCAAUAGAAGAAUCCAACACUAAGCAGAGCUUGUCUUGUCCCAUCUUACCACCGAGAACGCUUAAAACAAAGAAAGAUUCAGAGUCAGCAUUGUUGUGUGACAGUAAGCAGGAAAAUCAGAAUUCCUCACCUGCUCACCAUGAACAGGCCUACAAAGAGAUUUAUCCCACCUCUAACUCUCCCACUGCUAACUAUCCAUCACUGUCUGCCACGGCACAGUGGCAGCCCCCGUCCAGUCUGGGCGGUCUUUCUAUCGAAGAGGUGUCCAAAUCUCUGAGGUUUAUUGGCCUGUCUGAUGACGCUGUGUCUCUUUUUGUGGCCGAGAAGAUUGACGGGAAUCUGCUCCUGCAGCUCACUGAGGAGAUUCUGUCCGAGGACUUCAAGCUCAGCAAAUUGCAAUUGAAGAAACUCAUGCAGUUCAUUAACGGGUGGAGACCUAAGAUAUAGCUCACAAUAUACAACACUAGAUUCUGUUCAGAUGCAGAGGAGGUGAUGCCUUCAGUAUCUAUGCUAUGCACACUGACUGGUUUUGUACCAUUUCAACUGGUUUCCUUGUUACGGUGGGGAGGUGGGUUGAAUAAUACGUCCCAGCUCACGCUGUCUGUGACUGGUAUUUGGCAACUAAUUGCAGUCACUGUCACUUUGAUGAAGACAUCAUUAUGGCAACUACUUUUUCUAUUGUUCAUGUCACUACACAGAUCAAUUUAAGGCUGCUAAUUCUACAGACAACCAGUGACUGCACCCAGCAUGAAGAUAAAAACAAUAAUUACAUUUUGAUUGGCUCCUGAAAAGAUUAACACUAAAUUCUGCAGUUUUCAGGAUUUUUAAAACUGCAUAAAUUAAAGUGAUGGCAUGUUUUUAACUUGACAUAUGGUAAGUAUCAGAUUGCAGACCCUCACUUGCUUCAAAAGUCUCACAGUACACUUCUGGUACUGUUCACCAAAUCCA